AGUCUUGACAGAAGAAAACGCAGUGGGUGGGAGGAAUUGAUUCGAGCUAUACAAAGCAAGGGUUUAAAUUGACUGUUUCGAAAAGAAAGGGGCAAAGAAAGUGAAUCUCCAGAUUGUUUAAUGACCAAUAAAGCAAAAGAGACAAGAAAAAGGAUCAAAUUCUGAUUCUUCCUCCUCCGAUUUUGACUCGAUUCAAUUCCUUCUUUCAUCGUCGCCGUUCUUCUGAUUUUUUUCAACUCAUCUGCUCGAAAGGGCAGGUGCUUGAGAAUAUCAUUUGAAGAAGGUGAUCGAUCUCUGUUGCCCUUUUUUGUAAUAGUAACGUACCAAAGUCCAAACCUUUAACACAAGAGUGAUAGGAGGAGGUCAAGAACUUGGGAAGUAUUGUUAUCAUGCCGUAUUAUAUUCAGAGGCUUUUCAACACUUGCAAGGCCUCUCUCUCACCUAAUGGACCUGUGUCUGAGGAGGCCUUAGACAAGGUUCGCAACAUGUUGGAGAAAAUCAAGCCGUCUGAUGUUGGUCUCGAACAGGAAGCUCAGCUGGUGCGUAACUGGUCUGGUCCUGGGAACGAUCGUAAUGGAAACCAUAAUUCUCUGCCAGCCAUCAAAUACCUUCAUUUACAUGAGUGUGACAGCUUCUCGAUUGGAAUUUUCUGCAUGCCACCUUCCUCUAUCAUACCACUUCAUAAUCAUCCAGGCAUGACAGUGGUAAGCAAGCUAGUCUAUGGUUCGAUGCACGUGAAGUCAUAUGAUUGGGUUGAGCCUGAUCCAUCAGAGCUAGACGAUCCAUUACAAGCAAGACCUGCAAAGCUGGUCAAAGAUACUGACAUGACGGCUCCUUGCCCAGCAACCACACUAUAUCCAACAACCGGUGGCAACAUCCAUUGUUUCAAAGCCAUUACUCACUGUGCAAUCUUUGAUAUCUUAUCUCCUCCCUACUCUCCUACUCAUGGAAGACACUGCAACUACUUCCGCAAAUCCCCAAUACGUGACUUACCUGGUGAGAUUGAAGUGAUGAAUGGAGAAGUGAUAUCGAAUGUGACAUGGCUUGAAGAGUAUCAGCCUCCAGAUAACUUUGUGAUAUGGAAAGUUCCUUACAGAGGUCCUGUGAUUAGAAAAUGAGUUCAUGACAAAGCACAGAAGAAAUGAGCAGAGGAAAUAAGAAUGGAGCUGGAGAAUAAAAUUGGUAAACCAUUCAGAAGGCUACUGGUUUGUGGUCAAAGAGGUUCUUUACGUAUGAUAAUGUUUUACUACUAUUUACAUCUUUACUUUACUAGUUUUAAUAAUGAUAAUAUUUUUGUCUACAUAAAAGAACAAUUGUCCACAAACAAUGUAAUUUAGUUUCAUAAAUUUACGGUUUCAUCGAUC